GAACCUCCCACCGGCCUGCCGCACGUAGGGGCCCGCCCAGGAAGCAGGGGUCAGAGCCCCUCAGGGAGGGAGGCAGCCCCUCCCGGGCCAGAACCCACUUCCUACUUCACCACACGGGGAGGUGGCGGGGAGAACUGUGGGCAGAGGCCGGGCCUGCUCCCUCCGCCCUGCGCCCUGCGCGGGAAGGUUGGCGACCUGGCCUGGGCUCUGGGUGCUCCCAGCAGGAUGGAGGACGAGGAAGGCGCUGAGUGCGGCAAAGCAGACUUUGUGCUUCUGGACCAGGUCACCAUGGAAGACUUCAUGGAGAACCUGAAGCUCAGGUUCCAGAAGGGCCGCAUCUACACCUACAUCGGCGAGGUGCUGGUGUCCGUCAACCCCUACCAGGAGCUGCCCCUCUACGGGCCCGAGGCCAUCGCCAGGUACCAGGGCCGCGAGCUGUACGAGCGGCCGCCCCACCUGUACGCCGUGGCCAACGCCGCCUACCGGGCGAUGAAGCGCAGGGCCAGGGACACCUGCAUCGUGAUCUCAGGGGAGAGCGGGGCGGGGAAGACGGAGGCCAGCAAGCACAUCAUGCAGUACAUCGCGGCCGUCACCAACCCCAGCCAGAGGGCCGAGGUGGAGAGGGUCAAGGACGUGCUGCUCAAGUCCACCUGCGUGCUGGAGGCCUUCGGGAACGCCCGCACCAACCGCAACCACAACUCCAGCCGCUUCGGCAAGUACAUGGACAUCAACUUCGACUUCAAGGGCGACCCCGUCGGGGGGCACAUCCACAGCUACUUGCUGGAGAAGUCUCGGGUCCUCAAGCAGCACGUGGGUGAGAGGAACUUCCACGCCUUCUAUCAGGUGCUGCGCGGCUGUGAGGACGCAGAGCUGCAGGAACUGCACCUGCAGAGAAACCCCGCCCUGUACAGCUUCACCCGCCAGGGCGCAGGGCUCAGUGCCUCGGAGAGCGAGGAGAGGAGCCAGCACCGGGCGGUGAUGGAGGCCAUGCAGGUGAUCGGCUUCAGUGCUGAGGAGAUGGGGUCUGUGCGCCGGAUCCUGGCCGCCAUCCUGCACCUGGGAAAUAUCGAGUUUGUGGAGAUGGAGGAGGGGCCCCUGGCUGUGGCCGAGGAGGUGCUGGUGGACCACGUGGCCGAGCUGACGGCCACCCCCCGGGAGCAGGUGCUGCGCUGCCUGCUGUCCCGCACCGUGGCCUCGGGGGGCAGGGAAGUCAUCGAGAAGGGCCACACUGCGGCUGAGGCCAGCUACGCUCGGGACGCCGGCGCCAAGGCAGUGUACCAGCGGCUAUUUGAGUGGGUGGUGAACCGGAUCAACAGCGUCAUGGAGCCCCGGGGCAGGGACGCCCGGCGGGACGGCAAGGACACGGUCAUUGGUGUGUUGGACAUCUACGGCUUCGAAGUGUUCCCUGUCAACAGCUUCGAGCAGUUCUGCAUCAACUACUGCAAUGAGAAGCUGCAGCAGCUGUUCAUCCAGCUCAUCCUGAAGCAGGAGCAGGAGGAGUACGAGCGCGAGGGCAUCGCCUGGCAGACCGUGGAGUUCUUCAACAACGCCACCAUCGUGGACCUGGUGGAGCGGCCGCACCGCGGCGUCCUGGCCGUGCUGGACGAGGCCUGCUGCAGCGCGGGCACCAUCACUGACCGCAUCUUCCUGCAGAGCCUGGACACGCACCACCGCCACCACCCGCACUACACCAGCCGCCAGCUCUGCCCCACGGACAAGACCAUGGAGUUCGGUCGGGACUUCCGGAUCAAGCACUACGCGGGGGACGUCACGUACUCCGUGCUGGGCUUCAUCGACAAGAACAGAGACGCCCUCUUCCAGGACUUCAAGCGGCUGCUGUACAACAGCUCGGACCCCACGCUGCGGGCCAUGUGGCCGGACGGGCAGCAGGACAUCACGGAGGUGACCAAGCGCCCGCUGACGGCCGGCACGCUCUUCAAGAACUCCAUGGUGGCGCUGGUGGACAACCUGGCCUCCAAGGAGCCCUUCUACGUGCGCUGCAUCAAGCCCAACCAGGACAAGGCGGCCGCGCGGCUGGACGAGGCGCACUGCCGCCACCAGGUCGCCUACCUGGGGCUCCUGGAGAACGUGCGGGUCCGCAGGGCCGGCUUCGCCUCCCGACAGCCGUACCCGCGCUUCCUGCUCAGGUACAAGAUGACCUGCGAGUACACGUGGCCCAACCACCUGCUGGGCUCGGACCGCGAGGCCGUGGGCGCCCUCCUGGAGCAGCACGGGCUGCAGGGGGACGUGGCCUUCGGGCGCAGCAAGCUCUUCAUCCGCUCGCCGCGGACGCUGGUGACACUGGAGCAGAGCCGCGCGCGCCUGGUGCCCAUCAUCGUGCUGCUGCUGCAGAAGGCCUGGAGAGGCACCCUGGCGCGGUGGCGCUGCCGCCGCCUGCGCGCCGCCUACACCAUCAUGCGCUGCUACCGGAGGCACAAGGUGCGCGCUCACCUGGCGGAGCUGCACCGGCGGUUCCAGGCCGCGCGGCAGCCCCCGCUCUUCGGCCGCGACCUGGCCUGGCCGCCGCCCCCGGCCGUGCUGCAGCCCUUCCAGGACGCCUGCCGCGCGCUCUUCUGCAGGUGGCGGGCACGGCAGCUAGUGAAGAACAUCCCCCCCUCGGACAUGGCCCAGAUCAAAGCCAAGGUGGCCGCCAUGGGGGCCCUGCAGGAGCUGCGGCCGGACUGGGGCUGCCGGCGGGCCUGGCUGCGAGACUACCUGUCCUCCGCCGCCGACAACCCUGCCGCCUCCAGCCUGUUCGCUCAGCGCCUGAAGUCACUUCGGGACAAGGACGGCUUCGGGGUGGUGCUCUUCUCCAGCCACGUCCGCAAGGUGAACCGCUUCAACAAGAGGCGGGACCGCGCCCUGCUGCUCACCGACCGGCACCUGUACAAGCUGGAGCCCGGCCGGCAGUACCGGGUGAUGCGGGCCGUGCCCCUGGACUUGGUGACGGGGCUGAGUGUGACCAGCGGGCGGGACCAGCUGGUGGUGCUGCACUUGAAGGGUCUGGACGACCUGGUGGUGUGUCUGCACCGCUCGAGGCCGCCGCUGGACAACCGCGUGGGGGAGCUGGUGGGCGUGCUGGCCGGACACUGCCAGGGGGAGGGCCGCCCGCUGGAGAUCCGAGUGUCUGACUGCAUCCCCCUGAGCCAGCGUGGCGCCCGGCGCCUGGUGUCCGUGGAGCCCCGGCCUGGGCAGCCCGAGCCCGACUUCCGCUGCAGCCGCGGCUCCUUCACCCUCCUGUGGCCAAGCAGCUGAGCCGCUGCCUGUGCAGGGCCGGCUGGCCUCCCCCAGCACGACGGCCCCUCCGCCCCGCCCGCCCCCGAGCACGCCAGCCCUGCGUGGGCUUGUGCCUGUGGGUUGUCGCCGGGCAAUAAAGGACGUCACGCCUGCCCGUGGGCUUGUGUCUGUGGGUGGACGCCGGGCAAUAAAGGAUGUCACGCCUGCCCGUGGGCUUCUGUCUGUGGGUGGACGUCGCUCCUGCUUGGCAAAUGCCACCCCAGCGUCUCUGCGGGUCCCCUGAACGGGAGGAGGAGGCGGCCUGGGGACUGUCUGCUGGGGCUUCGGCCUAGGAAGCUGCUGGGGGUGAAGCCCGGGGUCUGAAAGGAAACCUUGUCCUCUCCACCCCCGGCUGCUCCCCCGCUGUGGGUUCCAGACUGUCCCCCUGGCACGGACCCUUCCCUGAAGGGCUCAGCCCCCUGAGGCUUCCCCUGGUCACUGUCCCGGGCGCUUGGGGUCGCCUCCUGCCAGGUCCGUGUCCGGCGCCCCUGCCCUGGGAGAGCUGCUGUCUCUGUCCAGCCUGGAGGUCUGGCCUGGGGGGCUGCGGCUCCCCGCCUCCCACAGAGCACCCCACGCGGACACAGCUGCCCUGGCCACAGGCGGCCACGCCCUUUGUGGUCCUGCAGGCGGCUGUGAGCAUCACUGGCUGACACAGGCUCAGGGUGGGAGCCAGGGGGCACUGCACACCCCACCUGGCAACAUGGGGGGCCCAGCGCUGGGGGGGCAGGUGCACGCCCAGGGCCCAGAGCCUACGCGGGGUGCCCACCUCCCGAGAGGCUGCAGCAGCCAGUGGGCGCUUUCUGGGCCUCGGGGUCUGAGAACCAGUCCCAGGGGGGCGGCAGGGGGGGAAGGGGACAGACCCCGUUAUGGACUCCAGCCACGAGUCGGGCAGUCCCACCCGACGCUGCGGCCCUUACACUCCCACCUGUCACUACGGACCACUGUGCUGGGUGCUUCACAAGGUCAGAGUGAGGGCGGGAGUGGGGGACGGGAGGUCAGUGGGCCUGGGCCCCCAGCGGGUGAGUGGCACAGAUCCAGGCACCCGCGCCCCGCGUCACGCCGAUGCCUGACCACCCGGCCGGGAAGGAGCACUCCCAGGCAGGUGCUGGUGUUGUGCCUGAGAACCAUCGCAACCCCCACGUCUCGGCCACUGUGCAGCUCGCAUCUGCUGCCCCCACACGCUGUGGGCGGCUGGCACCUCUGCAGACGCGGGGCUGCCAUGGGGGCCCAGCCCUCGCCCUGCAAUUCUCCGCCCCCCCUCCUGCCUUCCCAGGCCCCGCGUGUCAACGACCAGUCUGGGCACAGACGCCUCCACCAGGGAGGCUGGGGAACGGUCGCCGCUCAGCUCCGACUGCAUCCUCUCGGGGCUGCUCGUCUCCCCUCCACUUCCGUCUCUAGGACCUGGGAGAGCCAGGUCAGCAGGUGGCACCCACGCACCAGGCCGGACGCAGCUUCUCGGGCGGCCUGGCAGCCUUCAGAUUCCCACCAUUUCUCACAUGCAACUUAAAUUUAAUACUUUUUUUGUUAAUCCUCACCCGAAGGUAUUUUCCAUUGAUGUUUUUCUCUUAAGAGAGUAGAAGGGAGGGGCAAAGACAGAGAAACAUCGAUGUGAGAGAGACA